AGCUUUCCAGUUUGACUUAGCUUCCCACACAGUUGCAACAAGAGCAACCCACUGUUAUUCAGCCACCAUUGGACGAUGACUAGUACACUGGUGAUAAUGCGAUAAUGGAGGAGGACAUUGAAGAGUGUAAUUUGGAGGCUAAGUUGGAUGUUGAAUUUGCUGUGCUUGAUCCUGAGUUAGAUGUUCAGCUGAAGGAGGAGAUAUCACGUGCUGUCUCGAAGAUAGGGCAUGGCAUGGAUAAAGGAGAUGACGCUCUUGUAAACUUGAGUCAAAGAAAGGUGCUUAGCCUUAAUCACCGAGGCACAUUCAGCCAUGAGAGAGGACCUAUUAUUGGGAAGAAGAUGAUGCUUGUGUGUAUAAAAUUUGGAGAUUACAUUGUCGGAACUGUGUCCGAGAUGAGCUUCAUCGAGCUUGAAAGGCGUGGGUCAAAGACAGGAAGUUGCCUAACUAAAAGAGGAGGAGCUAGGCCGACACCUUUAGAGUCGUACUUGUUGACUCACAUGACUUGCCGACCUGAUGCUCCAGAAGAUGCCCCACCCACUUGGAUAUGUCCACAGGCUGAGCAGACAUAUAACGAUGCUCACCAAAAAUACGUGGAGAAGCAUGGGCCAAACAAGGAUUCAUGGCUAGAAUGGGAUCCACUUAUCUGGAAGGAGGUGGUUGGACCUCCUAAAAAGGGUCAGAUGAGAGGGAUGUCUACAUUACAAGAUCCAACAGAGCAUGGCAUCCCUUGGCGAUAGUAUGACAUGAGUGAUGCCUCCUUUUCUACCACCAGGAUUCUUACGACACAAGUCUAGCAGUUGCAGUCUGAGCUUACUCAAGUUUGGGAAGAAAUGGCUGAGCAAGUUCAGAUAGAGGUGGCCACAUGUAUUCAUACAGAGGUAUCACAGAGAGUAUUAGAGAUGGAGGCCAGCUUUGAGAGGAGAUUCCAAGAGCAGAUGCGCUUACUUAGCCAGCAAUAUUCUAUGAAUGCUACACAACCCCAGACUGGUUAUCUUUCUUCUACACCACCCUAGACUGCUGAUCCUUCUUUUGGAGGAUUUAAACCUGAUCACUUACCACCUCCUACUUAGAGACAUUGAUAUUUAAAACUUAUAUUAUAUAUGUUUAUAUAUAUGUACUGCAUAUGUAUAUAUAUGGUGUGUAGGAUGAGAAGUUAGUAUAUAUUUAUUAACUUAAACUAGUUUUUAGUUAUGUAGUAUUUGAGUUUAAAUAAGUAAAAUAUAUAAUAUUAAUAAAAUUUAACAAUCCUA